AUGGACGGCGACGAUGAUAUUGAGUCCCUUCUGCUCAUCGCUCAAUUGCAACUUGACGACGCUUCAGAGGCGCAAUCACGCUCUACUGGCAAGCUCCGUGAGGGUUCGCCAUCCAGCGACCUUCAACUAGCUCUCGAUAGUCAGGUCGCCUUCCUUCAUGGAUACCAGAGGCUGCUCGAGGACAGGAAGCUUGCUCAAAGCAUCGAUCGCGCUUUGGAACAGGAUCAACGUAUGCUCGGGCUGUUUGCCGCGGUAGACCAAGGGGAGCAAGAUGAUCGACAGGCAGCACUGGCUCUAUCGCGCGGCGAGCGACUUCCUCCUGAAACUCAAUCUCAGCGCUCUAUGCCUGCAGUGGUUGCUCUGGCAUCGCAGCUAGACGCCGAAGAAGAUCGCGCCGCAAGUGACAACGAUGAGGAGACGCAGGUAGGGAGCGACGCUGGCCCCGAUUGGGAUUCAGACGAGACGGCUUCUAUGCCCGGGGCUUUUGUACCCCAGAUGCGCAGGCCUGCAACCUCCAGGGCUGAGGGUAGCCACGGUGGUCGCGCCGAAUGCAUAAUUUGCACUGAACGCCGUCGUUCCUCUGCCAUGUACCGCGCGCCUUGCGGACACCUGUACUGUCUAGGAUGCCUCGUAGACCUCGUCGAAGCCUGCACGCGUGACGAAACGCUCUACCCUCUUCGAUGCUGCCAGCGCGAACUUCCUGAGGAAGACGUGUUACGACGUCUGACCUCUCGUUUGCGAACCAAAUUCAGUGGGAAGGCCGUUGAGUUCCGGGUCCCAGCUACCCAACGUGUAUACUGCAUCAACCCUCACUGCUCAGUCUUCCUUGGUCCGGCCGGAGAAGAUAACACGUAUCUCGUUUGUCUUCGUUGCAACGCCUCAGUCUGCACCGGGUGCAGGAACGAGGGACAUUCUGGAGAGAUGUGCAGGGAGAAUGAGGCCGUGCAACUCCUCGAGACUCUGGCUACCGAUAACGGGUGGCGGCGUUGUGCGGGUUGCAACGCAAUGGUUGAGCUCAGUCAAGGUUGUUACCAUAUGACAUGCCGUUGCAAGCAUCAGUUCUGCUAUCUUUGCGGGGAGCGAUGGAAGACCUGCGGUUGCCCACAAUGGGAUGAAGGAAGGCUCUUGACUGAUGCGAAUCGCCGAGUAGUCAAUGAGCACGGCGCUCAAGCGGCAGUUAGGCAACCCGAGCAGCACGCCGAGCGUGUCCAGGAGGCGAUGUUCCAGUUGCGAACGAACCAUGCUUGCUACGCACAUACGUGGGCUUACAGGCACGGUGGUGGAAGAUGCGAGGAAUGCUCCUUCCAUCUGCCUCAGUUCUUAAUGCGGUGCCGCAACUGUCAACUACUUGUCUGCCGGCGAUGCGCCCAGAAUCGGUUCUGA